UUCGGCUAUGCAUGUUGAUUUGGUGUACAUCGUGACCGCAAUAAAAUAAUUUUAUUUCAGUGACCUUGUGAUUCUUUCGACAUAUACAUCUCAGAUAUCAUUUGUAUGCACUAUUUGCUUGUUGGACAUGGUAUCGACGCAAUCGCGUUAAAACUAACAAUACUUGCAAAUCUGAAAUCUUCCGGAGCUAUAAUGAAGAAAGAAAUGAAAAUUAUUCUGUUUGUACUUAGUCUCGCCGUGAUAUCAUUGGCAGCGGAACCCGCAUGCCCUUCGUGCUCAAAAUACCAUUACGAGGAGAUGCUGUUGGAGCGAGUUCUCCGCAAUGAACUUGCCUUGGAACAUACGCUAACAAAAAUCAAGGAAACUAAUACCAAUGUCGUGGACGCAUUGAAGAAGCUUCAAGAUGAAAACAAUAAAGUCAACACUGCUAUUGAAUUAAUGGAACGUAAGGAGAUUUUAAUGGAAGCAACAUUGGACGAUUCUGUAAAAACAGCUUUGAAAAACGUGUCUGAAUCUCUGACUCACAUCCUUACUGAAUCAGGACGGGCGAUCAAAGAAAUGGAAAGCAAAGUGGAGCGUUUUAAAGGAGAUCUGAAGACCCCAACAAUACAGUUUCGUGCCCAGCUCGCCUCCCAUGGAUCCUCUAUAAAUGUGAACACCGGUCAAGAUGUAGUGUUUACACGAGUAGAAGUCAACGAAGGUCAAGGCUAUGACAAAGGAACAGGAAAGUUCACCGCCUCUGUUGCCGGUCUAUACAACUUCGCUGUCCACUAUUGCACUCAGGGUUCGCACUAUGUUUACCUGGAGAUUGUACACAACGGCAAGUCUCUACAGAUAUCAUCUAACUAUGGGGCUGACGGAGCAAUCCAGUGCUCUUCGCUGCAGGCCUAUGUCGUGUUGUCCAUAGGUGACGUUGUCUGGGUGCGAAGUACCGAUACAAGUUACUUUCAUCAUGAUGACGGUUAUCGGCCCACUAAAUUUUCUGGAGUACUGAUUCGUGCGUAUAUCAUUUGUAUGCACUAUUUGCUUGUUGGACAUGGUAUCGACGCAAUCGCGUUAACACUAACAAUACUUGCAAAUCUGAAAUCUUCCGGAGCUAUAAUGAAGAAAGAAAUGAAAAUUGUUCUGUAUGUACUUAGUCUCGCCGUGAUAUCAUUGGCAGCGGAACCCGCAUGCCCCUCGUGCUCAAAAUACCAUUACGAGGAGAUGCUGUUGGAGCGAGUUCUCCGCAAUGAACUUGCCUUGGAACAUACGCUAACAGAAAUCAAGGAAACUAAUACCAAUGUCGUGGACGCAUUGAGUAAGCUUCAAGAUGAAAACAAUAAAGUCAACACUGCUAUUGAAUUAAUGGAACGUAAGGAGAGUUUAAUGGAAGCAACAUUAGACGAUUCUGUAAAAACAGCUUUGAAAAACGUGUCUGAAUCUCUGACUCACAUCCUUACUGAAUCAGGACGGGCGAUCAAAGAAAUGGAGAGCAGAGUGGAGCGUUUUAAAGGAGAUCUGAAGACCCCAACAAUACAGUUUAGUGCCCAGCUCGCCUCCCAUGGAUCCUCUAUAAAUGUGAACACUGGUCAAGAUGUAGUGUUUACACGAAUAGAAGUCAACGAAGGUCAAGGCUAUGACAAAGGAACAGGAAAGUUCACUGCCUCUGUUGCCGGUCUAUAUCAAUUUGCCUUUCACUUUUGCACCCAGGGUAACCAAUAUGUUUACCCGGAGAUUGUACACAACGGCAAGUCUCUACUGAGGUCAUAUUACUACGGAUCUGAUGGCCAGUACCAGUGUUCUUCACUGCAGGCCAAUGUCGAGAUGAUCAUGGGUGAUGUUGUCUGGGUGCGAUGUACCAAUAACAGUUACUUUUAUCAUGAUGACAGUCAUCGGUCCACUCAAUUUUCUGGAGUACUGAUUCGUGCGUGAUAUCCGAAUGACGUUUAUAUGUAAUAUUGUAUGGAGCUUGUUUCGGAAUUUGUUUUAUUUUGUUAGCAUAUAAAAAUCAAGUUUUGUAUCAAAUGAAACCUUUGAAUGUGUUUAUUAUGAUUUUGUUCAAAUUGCAAAUUAGUUAUUUUUGUUUAAGUAUAAAAUAAUAUCAAAACCUCAUGUCUACACGUUUCUAAUGCUUCUCACUACCGAAAGUAUUGUAAGAUUCUAAUUGCUAUUUCCGUCAUUUUAAAAACAAUCUGUUUGUAUAAUUUAUUUUUGUUAACAAUAACAUUUCACUUAGAAGUGUAGGUUUAAUAUUCGUCUUUUUAUUGCUAAACAGACAUUCAAUUUUGUAAAUAAUUAGUGCGUAUAAGCUUGUAUAAUAUGCAUGUGAUUUGAGUAUUUAUUAUAUUAAGUCAACAUAAACUAUUGCAGUCUAGAUGUGAUUAUUUUCUUGGGAUUAACAUGCUUCCGACCUGGUCUAUUGAGCAUAAUACACGUUUGUUUUCAGAUUUUGUAAAACUUAUUAUCUCGUUUUCAAAUAUUAAAAUUGCAAGAAUUACAUAUUAAGAGCGCCAA